UUACAAAAGAAGUUCGCAACACUAUUUGAUGUAAUCAUGAAAGACCGCCGUUUCUAUCUUGCUCAUGCAAUAGUAGGGAAGUUUGCCGUCGAGAAUGAUACUCAACGACAAACAAAGGAGAAACAGAAGGAUGAAGGUAAAUUCGUCGAACUUCCUGGUGCUGAGAAGGGAAAAGUGGUUGUACGUUUCCCACCUGAGGCUAGCGGAUAUCUGCAUAUCGGUCAUGCGAAGGCUGCUCUACUAAAUCAGUAUUAUCAGCAGGCCUUUGAUGGACAGUUAAUCAUGCGUUUUGAUGAUACUAACCCCGCCAAGGAAAACGCACAUUUUGAGAAGGUAGGAGGAGAAAUGAACUGA